UUUUGAUAAAUAUAAACACAUUUUCUUCAUACAUCUUCGUUACAGCUAUACCUUCUUACAUUCCUCGUAUUUUAUGUCAUCUUAACGAAUUUUUUUACGCUUAUGCAUAUGUAUUCCAUCGAAGAUCAUCAAAAACGGGAACAUUAGAUAUUAAAGUUGUCUUUGUCAGCUCUUUCGUGCGUGAGAAGUUUGUGGGAUUUCCAAUGUUGAAAUUGGCCAAUGAUUGUGAAGACUUCCAUGAAAAUAAUGAUAAUAAUGAAGACAUGAAGGACAUCAACACUGAUCGAUAUUAUGAAAUACAGCUAAAAUUUACUGGAAAGGAGCUUGAUUCAUACACGUUUAAAAUAGACAUUUCAAAGCUUGACAACGAUGGUUUUGUUGUUGAUCACUUUAGUACAAUUCAAGUGAAUUUUCCUGCUAAAGGAUAUUUGGAGGUGACUGAACUUGACUCACAAAGAGAAAACAAAGUUUUGAAGUGGAAACUGAAUGUCGAAGAAAAGAACUCAACUGAAUCAAUGAGCAAUAACGAUAAGGAUGAUGAUGACAAAAAACACUGUAAAAGAAAGGGAAAUGAAACGUCAGAUUUGUCAGAACAAAAAGAAUCUGCUAUUGAUGUUUCACAUAUGGAUGUGGAUAAAGCAAGAGAAGGUGAUCCAAGUAGCUUUCGUAAAGUGGAGAAAUUAAUAACUGCAGAUGGUGGUGUUGUAGAAUUGGAUGACAUUGAGCUGACUGUUGAUACAAAUAGUGUAGCUCAACCAACGAUGAUAAAGUUGAUUAAAGAGAAUAAUGGUGUUUCUUUCUGGAAUAUACCACUGCAUUUGAACAACGAAAAUUCCCUGAAGAUUCUUUGUUCUCUGAAAUGUCUUCCAAAGGGAAUUAUAUUUCACAAUCCUGCUAUUUUGAGCGUACGUGUUAAUGAGACCACAUUGGAUUUAAACAACAUUUACGUUUUCUGUGGCUCGUAUAUGGACAACGUAGAGUCCAUUACUUGGAAAAUACCAAGUGAUAUCAACAUUGAUGUCGUAAGAAACUCGAUUAGCAUAAAUAUUCCAGAAAGUGCUCUCUACAUUUACAUUGCUGGAAAGUCUUUGGACGAACAUCGAGUCCUCAGUCAUUUGAAUCAUUCUUUCAAGUGCCGUGUUUUUGUAUUUCAUCGAAGGUUGCCACAGUUAGGAAACAAAGUAUUUGAUUUAUCUGUCGUAUUCAUCAGUGAAUACACGAUAAAUUAUAGGCAGCUUAAUGAUCAUUUGCAAGAAGGCUACACGAAAGGAGUGGAAGGAAAUUUCAUGUUUAUUAAGACAGAUCGAAAACAUCAUUUAAAUUUGGACAUUCCUGGAACUAAGUUUCCACCAUUUACGUUUGAAUUUAACGAGGAAGUUCUUGACAACGAAGGUCACGUAAUUCAUCAUUUUAUGGGAAGAAAAAUACCAUACCCUGCUAAUGGAUGCAUGAAAAUAACUCAAGUUGAUACACUACACAGUGGUAAUGAAAAAGUACUUUGGACUCUUAAGAUUAAUGAAGACCAGCAAAUAGGGAAUUUAAAAGUUGAUCUUCGUUACACUAAACUAACAACAGAGGAAAUCGAAAAAAUUAGUCAGAAAGCUGCAACUGAUUGGAAUACACUGGGUGGUCUUCUUGAAAUACCUUUUGAGCAACGUGAUGAAAUUACUGUUAACCACAAAAGUUAUCCAAAUCCCUCCGCAAAGGCUAAAAAGAUUUUGAAGGUCUUUAAUGAACGAACAGAUUUCGAUCGACAUUUAUUGAAGAAAUAUCUUGGAGAAAUAAAUAUUGAUUUGGAUGAAAUUUUGACUCCCACAAAUCAGACAAGCAGUAAUGAAGAUGUUUUAACUACUCGUGAAAUAUGUCAACUGAGUCGUCAUAUAGCAAGUUUCUGGGAUGAAUUGGCUUCCAUGAUGAAUAUGGAAAGUUACGAAAUUAAUAAUGUGCAAACAGAUACGAAUUAUGAAAAUCAACAAAUAAAGGCAGAGAAAAUUUUGUCAAUCUUGUCCAAAAAGUGGAAAACUGAAUUUCGGAGCAAACUAGUGGAGACCUUAGAAAGCAUGAACAAAUUUUAUUUGGCUGAUUCGAUUUUGAAUUACGAGUGGAAACAGCUGCAAUGAGGAGGAAGAUUUUUCUUUUAAGUGUACAAAUUCAAAACUUUUCUGAGAACAUUGUGAGGCUAAGUUCAUAUCAAAUUACCACCGUGUAUUGGGCAAUGCGUAUGUAUGGACAUUUCUAUAUAAUCAUAUCAACACCAUUAAAACAUUUUAGUUAUAGCAUCAACAUAUUUAUUAGUUUUAAGAUUUGUCGCUAAAUUUCUUCAUGUCAUGUCUGUGGUAUACUCAGGCCACGUUUACACUAUACCAGAUUACUAUCGUAGCAGGUUAGAUUUUCUUUGUAUUAAAAGGCAGAAGGCAAUGAAAUUGUCCAUCGUCAGAAAUACAAUCAAAUAAACUAAAUCUAUCAACUUUAUAAGCUGUUAUUCUAAUUUUACUGAAAGUUUGCAUUGUAGGAGUAAAAUAUUUUGCUAGGUUUGCUACUAGCUAUACUUUAUAUAUAUUUCUUAGUAUUGAACUAGUACUUUGCUAAAUAAAGUCAUAAAGGUUAA